AUGGCUUUGAAGUCCAGAAAGGGAAACGCCACAGCUGAAGAAGCUUCAUGGUACUGUGCUCUUCUCCUUGUUUCAUCCACUGUCCUAAUCAUGCUAACUAUCUUCACUCAUGAACACAAUAGCAGCACUAUUAGUAGUCUCCGACGACCGUGCGAGGAGAUCUAUGUGGUCGGAGAAGGGGAGACGCUUCACACCAUAAGUGACAAGUGCGGUGACCCUUAUAUUGUUGACAACAACCCUCAUAUCCAUGACCCUGACGAUGUCUUCCCUGGCCUUGUCAUCAAGAUUACACCUUCUUCUACUUCUUCUCAAUAA